AGGCACGCAGCCGCACUCCCAUGCACACCAACACAUCCAAUUCCAGCUACAGCAGCAACAGCAGCAGCUAGACCCCUACCUGCAGCAACAGUACCAGCAACUAACACCGCCGCAGCAGCACUACCAGCAGCAAUACACGCAAGCAGCGCUGCAGCAGAUCGCUACUGCCGCUGCCUCGUUCCGAGGACCCAUGGGUCGUAGCCCCUCCCUGGCUCGCACUGUUUCGCAGCGUACCUCCUUCGCUGCCAUUGAUGACGACGAGGACGAGUACGGCGACGAGGGGGAAGACGAUGGGAGCACCUGGGGUGCCGUACGACGUCCUUUCAAUACCCUGCUUCAGCAUCACCAGUCUAACCAGUCUCGUCUGGAUGCGUCCUCCCUGGGGUCCACCUCCAUGGCUUACUCCUCCUCCUCCCACCACCACAACCACGCGGGAGCAGGAGGCCCCACCGCUAGCUUUGUGGAUGCCCUUUUGAGCGGCAGCAGCGGCGGACGCAUGAGCAGCCGGGUCAGCAUGGCUAGCACCAGCAUAGCCGGCGGCGGAGGCGGGGUCAGUAUCAAUGGCGGCGGCGGAGGAGGCGGCAGCGUAACGGCUGGAAGCGCGCCCGCACCGCCCAUGCUGUCCCGCCUCAGCAGCUUCCGAAGCAACGCCGCGUUGUCACGUCGGGGGAGCAUAUCUGCAUCCGCCGCUGCCGCCGCCGUCGCAGCGGCGGCGGCGACGGCACAACAACAACAACAACAACAGCUACAACAACAGCAAACAGCAGAACACAGAGCCGGUGCCGUACCGGCGUCACCCUUGCAGCACGGCACCUUAUCACGCAUGAGCAGCAGGAGGCACCCGUCCGCUGUUGCUGCAGCGGCGGCGGCGGCGGCGGCGGCGGCUGCCACGUCAGCAGCGCAGCCGGUGUUGCCAGCGGCGCUGCCGCCGGCCUCCGCUGCCAGCCUGAACAAGGCCUGGACGCUGCUGGAAUCCCUCAUGCUGCAGCUCCACGACUCCCAUGCAGUCCGCGCGGACCUCGUCAUGUCUAUGGAGGAGGGACAAGGCGUGACGGGGGCCGCUGGCGGCGGCGGCGGCGGCGGAAGGACCGUGGCGGCGGCGAUGGCGGCGGUGACGGGAUCCGCUGGCGUCGCGGCGUCGCACCACCAUCACCGUCGCGGCGGCAGCGGAGUCAAUCCCGUUGACCGGCUUGUACGGUUGAUGGACGUGACGAUGGGCGACGGAAUGGGUGGUGAGGGUACGGCAGCCGGCGGCGGCGGCGGCGCCGCCAGGGGCGCGGCGACGGCGGCGGCGGCGGUGGAUCUUGCCGUACGGCGCAAUGCGAUGCGGGCUGCCGUGACGGGUGCGCUUCACCCGAAGCACACGGAGCAGGUGCUGUACUUCCUGGCUCGGCUGGCGCUCAUGAUGCAGCAGGACCCCCAGCUCCCCCCCGACGCCGGCUUCCUCCUCGCCGCCGGUCUGGACCUGCUGCUGGGCGAGGUGUCAUGGCUGCUGGCGGUGCUGCGCUGCUGCGCGGGGGCCGCCUCGCCGCACCUGGCGCUGGCGGGGGCGCUGCUGCGCGCGUACGAGGGGCAGCGGGCGCACGCGGAGGGGCUGCAGGCGGCGGUGGAGCGGCUGGAGAUGGCGGCGGAGGAUGCCAUGGACAGGGCCGCCCAGGCCGAGCGGCAGCUGGCUUCCAUCCACUCGCUGCUGCAGCGCGCGGGACACAACGUGAGCGACCUCACCUGCUACAUCAAGGAGCUGGAGCGGGAGCUGGAGAAGCUGAGGGCAAAGAAUGAGCUGCUGGAGGAAACCGUGUCCGAUCUGGAGGGCGACAUGAACCGGGUGGAGGCCGCCCACGCAGCCCGGGGCGCCACCCUCCGCGACGCAGCUCGGCUGGCGGAGGGGUUGCGGGCCGCCCAGCUCUCCCACGUCGCCGACUGCUCCCGAGGCGUGCAAGCCGCGCUGGAGGGCGACUGCAGCGACCCACGGGCCACCCCGCCGCCCGCACCAGCGCUGCUGCCCAAGAGCCCCAAGCACCACCACCACCACCACCAUCAGCGCCACCAAGGGCGAUCCCAAUCCCAUGGCGGAGCCGGAGGAGGAGGAGGAGGAGGAAGUGGGAGUCAUACACCGCACACUCCGCACUCGCCACAUGCAGCAUCUCACUAUGAUGCACAGAUGCAUGCAAGCCAUGGCGGUGCCUCCGCUGCUGCUGCUGCUGCUGCUGCUGCUGGCGGUGGAGGACAUCGUGCAAGCUCCGGACCGCGGUCGUCCUCCUCCUCCUCGGGGCUGCACCAUUCCAACAAGGAGUCCUCCAUCGCGAGUGAGCCCUCCCUGGACCCCUCCUUCUCCCACCUCCACUCCCACUCGCAACCGAAUGCAAGUGCUGGUGGUGGUGCUGGUAACAACAACACCAACAGCAGCAGCAGUAGCAACCCACCACCGGCCUCAAAGCGCCUGUCGUACUUGGGUUCAUCAGACCCCGAUUCGUCCUCUGCUGCGGAGGUCCUCGCCAGCCUGCAUGUCUCAGCUGGCGGCAGCGGCGCCACCAUAACUGACGUGGCCGCCGCCGCCGCCGCAGCAGCAGCAGCAGCUGCCUCGGCCACUGAAGAUGAGACUGACUCGCCCGCUCCCGCCGGCAAGCGGGGUGCUCGAGGGAAAAGCCAGCGCAAGGCCGGGAAAGGCGCCGCUUCGGCACGCAAGGGUGCAGCAGGAACAACAAUCGGCGGUAAGACGAAGGCAGCCUCCGCCGCAGCCACCCCGCCGUCGCCCCCAUCACCGCCGCCGCCGCCAGCGGAGGUGUCGGCGGCG